CAACAUUUGGCUCUAUUAUCAAAAAGAAGCCUGUCACUUUUUUUUGUGCUAUUUGACUUUACCCGUGCUGACCUAUCGCAUUCUACGAGGCUCUGUCGACUUUGAAGACAUCUAUUUACUGGAGUACCACCGUGUCCACCAGUAGAUUGAAUAUCCUCCUAUUGUGUCCCUGCUAUUCUAUCCAACCCUUUCUUAUAUCCAAUGCUUGCGAAAUCGGAAGCCAAGCCCUCUUCACGCACUUCUUCUCGUGCACAAAAGCAACAAAACUCUCCUUCCAAGUCUUCGAAACGUCCAAGGAUAGACGAUAAGGCGACGGAAGCCAAGAUUGCUAAACUUCGGGUAGCUCAGUCAUCUGUAGCCGGAUCUCAGAAAGACGACCCCGCAUCACCAGACAAUAACAUCACGUCUUCAUCCACAUCAUCCCCUGAGCCCAACACUCAACACACCACUCGCACGACUACGCGCUCCAAUUCUUUAGACUCUAGUAACAACGAUACUCCUUCACAAACGCAGGAGGACCUCCCUCCACCAAGACGUACCAGCGCCAGGCGAAGGGUCACCGUCCAACCUACUGCUACCAAUACUACUCCGGCUACCAAUGCUCGAGAGUCUGCUGACUCUGACAAUGAAUCCGAAAACCAUGCUGGUUCAGACGAAGAUGAUGCGCAUGAAGAAGAAGUGAAUUCAGACAAGGAAACGAACAAAAAAUCCAAAUCUAACAAACGAACUUACACAUCUGAAGCAAUGAAACAAAGGUUUGAAAAUCUGGAUCAACAACAAAUCCAAAUUCGCGAAGGUUCCCACCCACAGUAUAUACAAUUGCUUGAAGAUAUAGAAUCCAAACGGUCUGAAAAAUAUGGAAAUGCUGAAUUACGGCGAAAAUUGGCUCAAGGCGCCAUUACGGCUUGCUACGAAGCAGACAAGAAACAGGCAAACGAUCAAUACUAUUUCGGAAGAGUAUCGAUCCGCAGAGAGAUGCUCGAUCAAGUUCAACAAAAAAUAUCAGCACUGCAUACAGAAUACAUCACACUCAAGUUUGGCCAAGAAUACUCUCUGGCAAAGGCCAAGCUGAUUGCGAACUGGGUACCACCGGAGCGACCAACUAUGAUUAAUAUCCUUUUUACUGCGGGUUUGCAUUGCUUUGGGGGGGAAGAAAUUUUUUUUUUCUCUGGCUUUUCCUCUGUUAACAAAUUGAGAACGAGCCAGAAUUUUUUUUUUGAAUAAGGCGUAUGUUUGAGCUUGUGUCUGUGACACAGUGGUACUGAAAAAAAUGCGAAUGUCCUUGACCCAUUUCCUUUUUUG